AGCAGCCGCCAGCGACGCGGCGGCCUAUAAGGUCCGGCCUGCGCCCGCUCGGGUCCCGCUGAGGCGGCGGUGAGCUCGUCGCUCCCGGCCGACACUCUUCCUUCCCUCAGCUAUUUUAAAACUAUGCUGAAUUGGGGCAGCGGUGAUGUUUCAGCUACUAAAUCUGGAGCUCAUGGCCCAUAUCAAGCAGCAAGCAUGUCAGUGACCGAUUUGACAGAACAACUGGUCCAAAAUGAACAGCUGGUAGCACAACUCAAAGAACUUGUCAGGGACAAGGAUAAUGAAUUAUGCCUUAAAGAACAACAAUUAAAGGCACAAAAAGAAGCUUCUGAAGCCAAGAUUUCCAAAUUAAAGCUGCAAAACAAAGCCAAAGUAACAUCCUUAACAGCACAAUUAGAGGAACUCAAAAAUCAAUUAUCAGGAGAUGAAACCCAAGAAGGAAAUUCUGAGCAAAAGAGAGCUGCAAGUCGUGGAAAAAUAUUGGUACUUAAAAAGAAAGUUGAGGAACUAGAAACAAAGAAUGCCCAAAAAAAUGAAGAGCUACAGAAAAAGAUUGAGGAGUUGGAUGCUGCACACCAGCGUGGUGCUGAAAUGGAUACUAUGCUUGCUGAGAAGCAAAAAAAAAUAAUGGAAAAAGAAGCCUUCAUAAUUGAUUUACAGCUAGCCUGUGGAUCAACUGAUGCCAAAGAAGUACUAAUCCAAAACAGUGAAUUAAAGAACCAACUAUCCACAAAGGAGGCUUCAUUGCAGAGUAUGCAACUUCUGGUUCAGAACCUUAUCAAGAAAGUUGAAGACAGUGAACAAAGAUGCAGCUGUCUCCUGGAACAAAAUGAAAAUCUUAAAAGCAUUCAGAUUAAAGAGAGGGAGCAUUUCCAGGAAAGAGAAGCAAUGUAUACACAAAAUAUCUGCGUGUUUCAGAAUAUGAUCUUGGAAAAGGAAAAAGAGCUCAUGGGAGUGGCCCAAAAACAUGAGCAGGAACUCUUUAAGCUGGCUGCCAAAUCAGAUGCUAGUGCUGAUCUAGAACAGCUACUGAAAGCCUUGAAACAGAAGCUACAUGAAAAAGAAGAGGUUAUGCAAGGAAGGACACAGGUGAUAUUCAUGUUGCAAAAAGAACUGGAUGGAAAAGACCAGCAGCUGAAAGAAAUUAAUGAAUACCUGAAUCACCUUCAGUUAGAGAAAAACAACCUCCAGUCCAAACUAGAUGCUGAAAAGCAUAUCAUGCGAGUCCAGCUGAGAGACAUGAUGGAGAAACAUGAGAUUGAGCUGCGAAAAGUUAGAGAGAAAUAUGAUGCUGACAUGCAGGAGAUCCGAGAGAAGCAUGAAACAGAGCUGCAGGAGAAAGACCAAACCCUGAUUCAGCUUCAGAAGCAAUUGGAACAAUUAAGUUCCAGUGACAAAAGUAAUUUAGAUGUUGCAAUGAAGCAAACAUUGGAGAACCUAGAAGCUCAAGCGAAACUAAAAUCAGAAGAGGCCAGUAAAUCUGAAGCUAAGUUCCUCAAGAUGAAAGCUUUGUACAAAUCCAGAAUUACAAAGCUUGAAGAUGAGCUUAAAAAUGCUACAUCAACAAAUAAGAGUGUAACUGCCUUGCAUGACAAGAUUUCAGAAUUGGACCACGAAAAGGAAGAGCUGCAGUCUGCACUACAAGCUUUUUCUGAACUUAAAGCUCAGAAUGAAGAAUUGCUGGAUAAGCUGGAAGUCUAUGAACGACAGCAGCAAAAAUUGCAAGCAGACCUUGAACAAGUUACAAAGAGGGCAGCUUCGCAGGCUAGUGAAUCUGAUAGUGUGGAUGAGCUGCAGAGUCAGCUUUUGGAAUGGCAAGAAAUUGUAACUGAGUCUGAAGAUGCACACAAUCAAAUCAGAGAGGAGAAAUCUGCUAUGGCUCUAAGAAUGUCACAAAUUGAAGAGGAGAGAGAAGAACUGAUUGAGGAUGACUGGUUCUUUCCUGGCUGCUCUGAUCCAGCCAUAGUCUCAGGGCAGCAGGAGUUGGAGGAGGAACUGGCCGCAGGUCAAGGGAUUGGAAGAAUGCAGCCAGAGGGAAGGAUGACUGCCCAGUCGAGCAGGAAACUCCAGGAUGACUAUGGCUUCAAUGGGAAACAUUGCUAUGAAGAGCUGAAUGUCACCAUGGACAGUACAGAUUCAGCUGAAGGAGAGAACAUGGGAGGUUGGUGGCCAGAGUACACUUCCCCUAAUGCAGGUUUGCGGACUGUAGUGGAAGAAUUAGAACUGGAAAGAAAUCAGUUGCAAGAACAAAUUCUCUUCUUGGAGGAACGUUGCCGGGACUUGGAAGAUAGAUUGCAGCUCCAGAGCAGACUGGAAGCUCUACAGGUGGCAUUUGGUGUAGAGGAAGAAGGGCAGCUAUUGAGGGCUGUACAGAAUGAAAAUGACCGUUUACAGUCCCAGCUUACACAGCUGCGCAACCAGCAAUCACGUGAUGCAGAAAAACACCAAGUACUUGUUUCCAGUUUGAAUGAACAACUGAAAGGAUUAAAUGAAAGAAAUGGCUUGCUUCAAACUUUGCUUGGGGAAAAGGAGCAAAAGCUUUCAAGUACAAAUGAAAAGCUAGAACAGGCAGAAGAUAUGAGAAAGUCAAUUCAUGAGAGAGACCUUCUAAACAAAGAAUUAAGUGAAAAGCUUUUGCAGAGGGAACAAAAGCUGGAAGAUGUCCAGAAGAAGUGCAGUGCUUAUGGAGAAGAGUGUGCAGAACAGAAAGCAGUUAUUACUGUAUUAACAGAAAAAAUAACCGCCUUUCAAGAAAAGAACAUGAAACAGGAUGCUGCCAUAGAAUUAAUGCAACUGGAUCUUGAACAGACAAAUGAAGAACUUGAUAGAUUAAACACAAGUCAUUUAGAAGAGCGAUCUCAACUAAUUCAAGACCUCCAGAGGCGUGAAAGAGAAUUUGACAACCUCAGAGAGGUUUUAGCUGAGAAAGACAAAGAAAUUUCUGCUGUUACUUCAAAUAUAGAUGCGUAUUCUGAGCAGAUUAAUAUUCUGAAAUGCCAGAUCAAGUGCAAAGAGGAUGAAAUGCGAGACAUGGAAGAAGCACUGACCAAGGCUGAAAGGGAAGCCCAGUUGCUGAAAGAUGUACAAACCGAAGAUGUGAACAAUGCAGGCAGAAAGCUUUCGGAACUUUCUGAGCAGUUAAGUGCAAUAAAAUCAGAACUGGCAGAGGUGAAAAUUGAAAACGUUACUAAAAGCAAAGAGAAUGAAGAAUUUGUUAGGCAAAUCAAAGAGACUAGCCAAACAGUUAAAGAUCUUCAUUCUGCAAUCAAGACUCGUGAUGUUACUUACAACAACAAACUCAUGGAGUGUGAGUCACAAAUUAAAUUGCUUAAAGAACAAAUAAGUAAAUCAGCUAAAAAAUUGCAAGAAACAGAAAUAAAACAUAAGGAGGAAACAGACCAUCUUAAAUCCCAGGUUGAUGAACAUAUUUCUGCAAAAGAGAAAUUGAACAAAUUACUAAAAGAAAAAGAAAACAAAGAACAAAGUUUUGUGAAUGAGCUGAAAUCAGUGAAAGAUUCACACAACCAGCUCACUUUAGAAAAUGCUAAAAAAGAUGAAGAUUUAGCUAAUUUAUCCAGUCAACUUGCUGAAUAUACUGAGCAUCUAGAAAUUGUCAAAAAGUCACUGCAAGAAAAAGUAGAGAUCAUAAUAUCCCUAAAAGAUAAGCUUAAAGUUGCGGAGCAACAAAAUGAAAAGGAAAAGCUUAAGUUAGUUAGAGAACUGAAUACUAAGGAAAUGCAGUGGAGAGAAGUUAAUAAUGAGCUGCAUGAAAAACGUGAAAUAAUUAAUAAGAUGGAAACCGAAAGACAAAUUGUCAUCAUGACUAACAAGCAGUUAGAAGCAGCUCUUGAGCAGAAAGAAAAAAGUUUUGCAGAUCAGCUUAAAGCAAGUGAGAAUCUUAGAAAUGAGAUACAUACUAUGGAGAAAGAGAAGCAACAGCUGAUUAGUGAGAAUGAGAGUUUGUCAAAAUUACUGGAUGUGAAAGAGUGUGAACUGUUGAUGCGUGCUCAAUCCAUGGCUGAGUUGGAGAGUAAGAUGUGUGCCAGUGCCACAGAACACCAGAAAAUGCUUUCAGAGGUCAGUCACGAUAAAGAGACUUUAAGAAGGAAAGUUGAAGAACUCUCAGGCCUUGUAAAGCAAAAAGAAAAUUCAAUUGCAGAGCAGUUACUGGGGAAAGAGAAACAGUGUGGCAUUUUAGCUGAUGAGCUCUCCAGAAGCAGAGAGAUAACAAAGGAAUUAGAGAAAGAAAAUGAGUCUUAUAUCACUCAGUUAAAGGAUGAGCAGCAAAACAAAGCAUUACUUCGGUCAGAGUAUGAUAAGGUGGUCCAACAGCUCAAUCGGGAGGAGGAAAAAACCUCAUCAUUACAGAAACAGGUUAAAGACCUAGAAAAGGAGCUUAAAAUAAAAAGCAGAUCUAUUGAAGAAAAAACUGAGCGUGGUGAUGCAUUACUUAAGCAAGUAAAAGAAAAACAAGCUAUCAUGACUGUGUUUGAAAAAGAAGUAGAAAAGCUUGAAUGUGAUAACAUAAAGCUAUCUCAACAGCUUGAAGACAAAGGGGUGGAGUUUGAGGAUCUUUGCAGGCAGAUUUCACAAAAAACAGAAGACUGUGCCAUAUUAAAUGAUCAGCUAGCACUAUUAGUCAAAGAAGUAGAUGUUUUGAAACAUGAAAAGGAUAGUGCUUUGGCUGUUUGCAGUGCUAAGUCAAAUGAAUGUGAUGCUUUUCAGCAUCAGUUAACACAGCAUCAGUCUGAAAUUGUGUCCACAAAACAUGAAGCUCAUAUGCUGAAAUUAGAAAAUGAAAAAUUGAAAGCAGAUAUAGAAAUAGCCAGUGCUACAUUAAUGAAAAAUUGUGAAGGACUAGUGCCCUUAAGUGCACAAUUGUCUCAGCAAACUAAUAAUAUUUUAGUUUUUAUGGACCAAAUUGAUACCAUAGUUAGCGAAAUGAAAACAUUAAAAAGCAGUUUUUGUGAUAAAGAGGCUCUUCUUUCCCAGAGGGAACUUUUGAUUCAGGAAAUGAAAGAAAACAAAGAUGUAGGUGAAAAGCAUAAUUUGCUAAUUAUUUCAGAUUUGCAAAGCCAAAUACAGGUUCUAGAUAGUGAAGUUAGUCAACUUACGCAAGAAGUGCAAGAGAAAGAGAAUAAAUUUAAGAAGCAAGAUCAAGAGUUAAAAUUACUUAAAAGUAAAUCUGACGAAUCUAAUUUUCUUAGAGUUCAACUGUCUGAGAAUAUGGAAAUAAUUUCUGAUCUCCAGAGUCAACUUAAAAAUAUGAUAGAAAACAAUGAAGUAUUAAACAAGUCAAUUACAGAGAAAAAUAACUUUUUAAAACAAAAGGAGAAGGAAUGUGUUAAUUUACAAACAUGUAUUUCUGAGACUUCCUCUGUGCAGCAUAAACUUGUACAGUCAUUGACCUCUGAAGCAGAAAUAUUAAAAGCAAUCAUUUUAGAGAAGGAGUUAUCAGUGAAUAACAUUUCACUGAUUAACAAUGAACUGAAGGCUGAACUUCAAGAUAAAAAGAAUGAAUGUGAGACUUGGAAGAAGCAAGCUACCGAUGCAGAAGAAUCAAAUCUUUGUUUGAAAAAGGAAAUAAGUGAUCAGAAUAAAUUAAUAAAUGACAUUAGCCAGGUGCUAGCAGAAAAAGAGGCUUCUGUUUUGGAUCCUACUAAUCUUGUGAAAACCCUAAGAGAGGAACUAAAAAUAAAUGAAGAAAAGUCACAGUUAAUUUCUCAACUUCAUAGUCAAAGAAAUGAACUGAACCAAGAAAUUCAAAAGUUAAAAGAACUAGCCCAGGAAAAAGAAAACAUUUUCUUAAGUUUGCAGGGCAAAUUUGAUGCUCUGUAUGAACAAAAAAAUGAACUCGGUGAUUCCCUGAGUAAAAAAGAAGAGAUUAUCACUGGCUUUCUUAAAAAUAUCGGUGUUCAACUAGCAGAAAGCAAUGUUCAGGCUCUUACCAACGAUACUGAGCUACUUAGAGAAGAACUAGAAAAAAGUGCUGCUACACUAAAACAGCUUUUGCAAGAGAAGGAUGGAAGCAUUGCCAGUAGCCAGAUGAAAAUUGACUCUUUGAUAGUAGAAAUUGAAUCUGCAAAAUCAGAGCAUCAUAAAGCAUUAGAACAAGUUGAGCUGUGGAAGCAAAAUAUUCAAGAGAGAGAGAGAACUCUACAGGUUGUACAGGAAAAAUGCACUGAACAGGCUAAUCAUAUUGAAUAUUUAAAUUCUGAGGUCAUAGAAAAAUUGCAACAACAAAUAGAUUCUUUAAUAAAUGAUAAAACUCUUUUACAAGAGAACUUUGAUAAACUGAAUCUGGAAAACAAAGACUUGGUUAAGUACCAGAAGCAAUUAGAGAAAAAAUCUAAAGAGCUAAAAGAACUUCAUGAAAAAUUAGAAGCCAGUGAGAACAGAUGGGUAGCAGAACUUGCUCGGGCAACUCAGCAAAAUGAUGUUAAUCUUGAGCAACUGAGUAAUUUAGAAAGGAAACUGAAAUCAAAAGAGGAUCAAAUUCAAUCAUUGCAACAAGAACAGGACAUAAUUCAAACAGAGUUGUCCAAAUAUCUGUCUGCAUUGUCAAGUAGUAGGUACUUCCUCAAAGACAGUGACAGUGAUGCUGGUCAGCAAGCAGCUAAAACUGUUUUGGAAAAAUUCUCUACUGUGAUAGAUACUAUUAUCAGCAAAGAAGCUGAAGCAAUGGCACUGCAGCAGACUAUUUUAGAGAGAGAGGAAGAAGUACAUCACCUGAAGAAUCAGCUAGAAAGCAUGUUGUCCCUGAAGGAAGAGAAAGAGUUGAUGCAGAAAGACUUUAAAAAGGCCAAAGCUGCUGACGAAUCUGAGAUUGAAUAUCUCUUAAAUGAAAUGAGCACUGCUAAGGAUGCAUUAUGUAGGCAACAAUCUGUCUGUGAAGAAAAGGAAAUUGCAUUAUCAAACAUGAGGAAGGAGGUUGUUUUCCUCCAGGAGAAGAUAGAUAAAUUAGAAAAAGAGCUUGAAAGUAGUUGCAAGACACUGAACACCGAAUGUCAAAAAGCAGCAAAACUUUUAGAAGAAAUAGAGCAUAAAAACCAGAUGAUGGAAAACUUUAGUUCCCAAACCAACCAACAGAAGGAUUUGAUUACUUCUCUAAGCCAGCAGUUAAAAGAAAAGGAUUGCUCAGUUACUCAAGUCAUGGAAUCCAUGUCUAAUGAAAUGGUAAAAUUCUCUGAGGAAAAAAAUGUGCUUGCUAUCGAAUUGCAACAACUAGAAGCCAUAAGGAAGAGUAUGACAGAAGAGAUAAGUACAUUAUCACAGCAGGUAGAAAAAUAUAAGAAAGAACUUGAACUCAGUCAAGUUGUGUUGACCAACAAAGAAACUACCAUAAAAGAUUUGGUGAGUGAGAAGGCGCAGCUAAAUAUUACUUUGGAAAAAUUAAAUCAAGAAAAAGAGAAUCUGAAAAAGAAACUUCAGGCAGCUUUGCUAAUAAGGAAGGACUUAAUUCGGAAAAAUGAGAAGCUUGAUAAAAAGACAGAACAUUUUCUGGAGCAAAUUGAUGACUUAGUAAAGCAGGUUGAAAAUGCUGAGGCUCACAACAAAGAUCUCGAAUCCCAACUUGAAGGACUGAAGACACAAUUGUUAGAAAAAGAUGUGAAGAUAAAGGACAUGAGUGAAUCCUUAUCAGCCAAGGCAGAACACUUGGAGCAGCUGGAGAAAGCAGUUACAGAAUUCAAAGCUACUAUAGCUGAACAAAAAAGUAUGUCUGAUAAGAACUUGAUCUAUCUACAAGAGAAGGAUUGUCUGCUUUCACAAAUGCAGUCUGUGCUGAAUGAGAGAGAUAAAAUGCACAGAGAGGAACGUUCACAACUUUUCUUAACCAUAGAAAAUCUCAAAGGUGAAAUAGAAAAGAGAGAUGAAACAUUCAAGGAAACGAAUGGGUCGGAAGCUACCCUAAAUACCGAAAGUUCCUGUAGUAACAUUACACACCAACCUAAUGAAAUGAAUCCAGUCACUGAGCUGCAGAAAGACAAGGAAAUCCUGCAAAAGAAACUUAAGGCACUGCUUGUGGUUCGCAAAGAAAGCACUAAACAAAUUCAGAAGCUAAAAGAAGAGCAUGCUAAGCUACAAGGAGAUUUUCAUGAACUAGCAAAAGACUUUGAGCUCAUUAAAAAAGAAAAGAAAGCACUCCAGGAGAUUCAUCAGAGAAAGUGUGAAGACUUUGACUCCAAUUUAUUGCUUUUAUACUCUCUGCAGAAAAGGUUGGACACUGAUACAUCUCUUAGGCACAGUGAAAAUGCUCAGCAGAAAACAUUAGAGUCCAGGGAGCUAAAUGUGAAGGCUGAUGUAAGGGUUGAAAAAUCAGGAAAUAUGGUAAGUAUGAUGACAAUGGAAGAAUCUGAGAUGGCGAAACUUCAUGAUAACUAUGCUAGACUUACGGAAGAAAAAGAAAAGUUAAAAGAGAAGUCACUUGAACUUGGUAACGGACAGCAAGAAACAGUAAAACUGAAGAUCUCUGUUGAGCAACAGGAACAGCAGUAUAAACAAGAGAGAGACAGUAUGUUGAUUGAACAAGGUCUGCUUAAGCAACAACCAGAAUCAUAUAAAAAUGAAUUGCAAGCUGUGAAAACUAUAGUUGAAACUGUGAAUAAUGAAAAGAGUAAACUCCACAAAAAACAUGACGAUCACCUAACAAGUCUGAAAGAAACUGAAAUACAUCCCAGUGAAGAAAACAAGCAACUAUUGAUGGAAUUCAAUAUGCUGCGUGAGAAAGUUUUGCCAGUUUCUAGUGCAUACAAAAAUGUGGCAGGUGUAAGAGAUGACACAAAAACUGUGUGGCCGCAUUCUGAUAAUGUGCUGGAGAACAGUGUUCAAGGCCCAGACUUCUGUAGUUCAUUGGAAGAUGUCACUUACACAGAAAGAGAAUCGCUAGAUGUCACUAAUACAGGAAUAAAAACAUUAACUGAAAGAAUAGGUGAUCCUCUACCAACAGAAAUGUCUCGGGAAUGGAUAGAAGAAAAUGUAAAUGGCAGAAGCUAUCAACCUCAACUGCAGAAGUAUGAUGCUGAAGAGAAAAACAGGGAACGUCUCCAAAGAAAGCUCCAAGCUGCUUUAAUAUCACGUAAAGAAGCAUUGAAGGAAAACAAAACUCUUAAAGAUCAAAUGGAGUUACUAGUUUUGGAAAACAAAGAGUUGAUUGGUAAGGUUCACACCCUUGGACAGCUGAUGUCUGAGUUGGGUAGAGAGAAACAAAACUUGAGUACUGCACUGUAUAAAGAGGAGACUCUUGUGGCAGAAAAUGCUAGAUUGUUAAUUGAAAAUGAAAACCUAACUGCUGCGUGUGAGAGUCUGAAGUGUACCAUGCAGACCAUAGGACAAGAGAAGGAAGCUUUUUCUUUUCAAUUGAAUUCCUUAAAAGAUUCUCAGACAGUUGAAUUAACAGGUUGGAAAGCUAAACACAGUGAAUUAAAGCAGGAGUAUGAAUCUCUGCUUCAGGCCUAUGAGAAUAUUAGUAGUAAAAUAGCAGAAAUGAGGCACAUUAUUGAUGUCACUAGAAAAGAAAAGCAGGAAGCUCUUCACAGAGUAAAUGAGAGAGAAUCUGAUACACAUAAACUUAAGGAGCUGCUUCUAAAAGCAGCUGAUGAAAGUGUACAAGUAAAGGAACAACUGAAACAGCUGACUGAAUCUAAACAGAAGGAAAUAAGUGAACUAAAGAUUGCAGCUGAAAAGCAAGCAUCUGAGCACAAGUUGUGUUUGGAAGACUAUCAAAGAAAAUUUGAUGAAUCUGUUCUUCAGAACAAGCAGCUAGCGGAGGAAAAUAAGCAAUUAAAGGAAGUUUCUGAAAUUUUAAAGCAAACCUUGGAGAAAACAGAGAAGGAAAAUGAGCAGCUUUCUAAGGAUUUUAGUCUAACAAAAUCUGCUCUCAGGGACCUCCAAACACGGUUGCAAUUGAACAAGUCUGAUGUGCAGUCCAAGAUAUGUGAUUCCCUCUGUGAAAGAGAGUCAUUAUUAAAACACAUUGAUUUGUUAAAUGAGGGGAUUUCAGAAAAAGAGAAAAGCAUGCUGAUCUUAAAGCAAGAGAACAAAACUUUGUUAGAGAGAUUGAAUGAUGCUGAAAAAUCUCUGCAUCAGAAGAAAAGCUCUUUAUCAAAGAUGGAAAAUGAUUGUAAAAAUCUUAAUCAGGAAAUAGUCAGUCUUGGUGAAAGAAUUAAAAUAUUAGAGGAUGAUAAAUGUCUCUUACAAGAAGAAUUAGAAAAUGUUCAAGAAACAUCUUAUAAAGUAAAAAAUGAGAGAGAAUUUUUGGAGACAGAGUUGCUCAACCACAUCAAAAAAUUGGAUCAAACAACAGACAAACUGAAAGCCACACAGAUACAAAAUAGCCUCCUUGUAGAGCAGUUGGAAAAUUUGAAAGCAGAGAAAUGCAACACAAUAAGAGAAAAAGAAGAGCUGCAGCAUCUGGUCAGAGUAUUUGAAGAAAAACUGAAAACUGCUCAGAGAGACAAUCAUGAGACAAAAAACAAAACUAAAGAGUUGCAAGAACUUUUGAGGGAAAAACAACAGGAGAUCAACCAGUUGCAAAAGGAUUCUAUUAAAUACCAGGAGAUGAUAUUGGACUUGGGAAAAUCUGUGAAAUUGUCACAUUCAAAAAGUGAAAAAAUUGAGAAAGAUUUAAACAGUGCAGAAGGAAAGCUUGCAAAAUCAAAUGAAGAGCUGCAGAAGCUAACUGAAAAACUCUGUUUACAGAAUAUCUCACUGUAUGAGUCAAAGGCUGAAAUACAGCGACUUGCAAAUGACAACCUACGUAGUAAAAAUGAACUUAAAAAGAAAGAAAACAGAAUAUCAAAUCAAAGGAGAGAAUAUGAGAACCAAUUGGAGUUCAGCCUUCAGCAGGGUGAGACUCAAGCAGAAUUUCCUCCAGGAGCUCCUCAAGAAAGAGCUGAAGUCAUUGAAAUGGACAGCAUGGACUUCAUUGAAAUCAAUGGAAGGCUUGCACAGAGGCAAGAACCAACUUUAUUGGAAUUAAUGGGGACUCUCUCAGAAGAGAGGAAUAGACGGGAAGCUGCGGAAGAGGCCCUCGGGCUCUUGGAAGAACAAAUUAAAAGGCUUGAAAUGAUUGAUUCCAGGUCAGCAUCUGAACAAUGUGCUUUUCAGGUGGAAGAAGAGGAAAGGCAGCCUUUUAUCAUCAACGCUAGCGAACUUACGGUAGUACGAAAGGUAAAAAGAGGAGCCCUUUCUUUCAGGAGAUGGAUUCGGGGACAAAGACUUUGCCGCUCCCAAUUGCUGACUUGCAGGGCAAAAUCUCGCUAUUUCUUUCUCAGUUACUUAGUGGCCCUGCAUAUUUUUGUUUUCUUACGACUCACGGGCAUCUUAUAAAUGGAAAAGCUCAGAAUGACAACCUUUCCCAUAUCAUCAGUAUGUAAAUAUUAGCCAAACUACUCUUUUUUAUUUAACUCCACCAUCCCAAAAGGCCACAUCUCUGGGCCUAUUCUGGGGCAGACUGUCCUGCAAGGAAGGAUUGUCUCUCUGAGCUUCCCAGAAACUAGUCCAGGACCAUGGAUUGCUUUAUUCAUUUUGUAUUGAUUGAUUGAGACAAAGACAAAGUUGUUUUUAUUUAAUUAUCUGCUGUUUGUUCAUUUAUUCAUUUUGUAUGAUAGAUUGAGACAAAGCCAAAGUUGUUUUUAUUUAAUUAUCCGAUAUCCACAAAUACAGUUGAAAAUGUUCCUUGCAUAUUGAAAUAAAGUGUUUAUUCUGUUUG